AUGGCUUCUGGUGAGGACUGGACGUACAUGGACACUUUGCGGCCUCCUGUCUACAUCUGUUUGCGUCGGAAGAUCGACUGUAGCGAUGCAGGCUAUCGACCUAUGAAGCUGGACGGAGACGUGGACAAGGACGAGUGGAGGCACGUGCCGUGGUCGGAAGCCUUUGUGGACAUUGAAGGACGGGAGCGCAAACCCGUCGAGCAUCCACUCACGAGGUUCAAAAUGAUGUACGACGACGAGAUGCUGUACAUUGCGGCGGAGCUUCUGGAGCCGAAGGUGUGGGGAACAAUCACCGAGAAGAACAGCACGUUGUACCAUGAGAAUGACUUUGAAGUGUUCUUCAAUCCGGACGGCAGUCGACACCAUUACUAUGAAGUGGAGGUGAACUGUUUGAAUACCGUUUGGGAGCUACUACUGCAUCGGCCAUACAAAGACGGCCAUAGCAUCGAGAAUCCGUUCAACUUGAAGUCAUUGCGAUCGGCCGUACACGUCGAUGGAGUAGCCAACUCACCCGAGACGGACUGCUCGCGCUGGUGUGUUGAAAUGAGCUGGUCACUGGCAGAGCUCGAGCAGUUUGACAAGCUGCGUUUUCACGGUGAAGUCUUGCCCAAAGCACCGUCCAUUGCAACAGUCGGAGAUUUACGGCCCGCUGCAACCACCAAUUGCACAGUCGCUGGCAAUGUAUGGCGCGUCAAUUUUUCACGGGUCCAGUACGAGCUUGAGACAGCUGUCGAUCCGGACACCCAGCAAGUGCAGUAUCAGAAAGUUCGCGACAAGCGCGAGGAUAACAUCGUGUGGGCUCCUACGGGAGUGAUUGACAUUCAUCGUCCUGAAAGAUGGGGCUACGUUCUUUUUAGCAGCGAAGAGGAGCUGGCUGAUGGAGAGCUGGAGCUAGCAGGAGCCAUGGCGACAUAUUUGGAGGAACAAAUCGCCAUUGAACGCGUUCUGGAUGCCAUCUACUACAAACAACGAGCAUUUCACGCCAUAUACGGCGGCUUUGCCUCGACUAUGGAGAGGUUGUACACUAAGCCAGCUCUUCGAACCUCUCUGGAUUCGUCAGCGUUGCCGGAUGACAACGUCAACGAGUGGACGGAUGCAUUUCCACUGAGUGAGCUGUUGCACCAGUACCAGCUCGACACUCCAGUGAUCUCGUUCGAUGGUGAUCUCGAUACGGACGGUAGAUGUCCUGCUGCGUGUGACCAACCGGACGACACCUUCAAUACACCUCAAGAUUGUUCCACAGCAGCAGGACAUCACGAUGCAACGACUAUUUCGUCGCAAUGCUCUCGUUUGCAGACAGGUACAAGCUUAUCGGGAAGAUGA